GGCACAACACUGGAUCCAGGACAUAUGAAUUACAGAGACGAACGCGUAAAGACACAUAUUUAGUCCCUUCUGAAAAAGGACUAUGUGUGAAUAGAAUUCUUAAACGCCAUAUUGGGAAUCACUUUUAUAGAGUAAUCGGGGUAAUCAACACGUGCGCGCGCGCGCCAGGCACCGGACCGCCCGAUGAGGAAAAAAGAGAACAGAGGCGCGCUCCCGGCUGCACUUCUGCGCUCUUGCACUUUACGGUCCCGUCGACUGUGAUCCCAAGCAGCCCGAAAGAUGACCAUCAACACCUUGGCUAGAGGAGGCUGCAACCGGGAACAAAUGGCAUGCUUUCAGAAGAUGGAGAAAGUGAUUGUGGCAAUGCAGGACCCUGACAUGGGCAUGAAGAUGAGAAACCAGAGGCUUCUUAUCACUGUCAUUCCACACGCCAUGACAGGCCGUGAUAUGAUUACCUGGUUGAUCCAGAAAUACUGUAUCUGUGAGGAAGAGGCUCUGCACAUAAGUGGGAUGCUGGUGAGGUACGGGUACGUUUACCCUCUCAAAGAGCCCAGAUCUCUCGUGUUACGGCCCGACGAGUCCCCCUACCGCUUCCAGACUCCUUACUUCUGGACGAGUACCCGGUGGCCUGCAUCAGAGCUGGACUACGCAAUCUAUUUGGCUAAAAAGAACAUCAGAAAACAAGGAGAACUGAUGGAGUAUGAAAAGGAGAGGUACAGCGUGUUACACAAGAGGAUCAACCACACCUGGGACUUUGUUGUGAUGCAAGCCAGAGAGCAACUCCGGGCAUCCAAACAGAGGAGGAAGGCAGACCGCAUUGUUCUUGAAUGUCAGGAACAGGCCUACUGGCUCAUCAACAGGCCGCAGCCCGGGGCACAUAAUGUGUUGGACAUGGGUCUGGAGAGACCAAAUAACUUGAGCGUACGGGUUACACUGAACAGUGACUUCUACAAAAGUGAGAUUGAAACCUGUCGAAGGGCCCUGGGGAGAAACCGUGUGAAGUCAUCCAUCUGCCUAGAAAGCUUCGUGAAAUACAGCGAGCAGUACCAGAACCACGACCCCAUUAUGCAAGGCUGCCUUCCCAGUAACCCCUGGAUCUCUGACGACACCGCACAUUGGACAAUGAAUCUACAAAUGGUGCCAAUACCGACACGUCUAAGAGUGGAACGCUGGAGCUUCAGUUUCAUGGAGCUCCUCAACGACAUCAUGGGGAGGCGGGAGUUCAUGAUCUACCUGGAGAAAGAGUUCAGCGCGGAGAACCUGUGCUUCUGGCAGGCCUGCGAGGAUAUCCGCCACGGAGAAAGUUCCAGGAUCGUAGAGAAGGUGGAAGAGAUCUACAAACACUUCCUGACUCCCGGAGCUGCUCGAUGGGUCAACGUGGACAGCAAGACGAUGGAUAAAACCCUGAAAGGGAUCAGGCAUCCGCAUCGAUUUGUCAUGGACGACGCACAGAUGCACAUCUACUUUCUCAUGAAGAAGGACUCUUACCCAAGAUAUCUGAAGUCGGACCUGUAUAAGAACUUGCUGGCCAAAGCUAUUGUCCCCCUGGAGACAAAGAAAAGUGUGUUUCCCUUCAUGAGACGCCACCGGCACUCCAGCCCCUCCCCUGCUCAGGUGGACGGACAAGCAGGUACCAACUCCGCAGCCGGCUCCCACAUCUGAUGUCCGGGGGGGGGGGGGGGCCCAGAGAGACGCACUCUCAGUCUCCAUCGUCUCUGUUUGUUGCCGUAGCAACCAACCGAGGACUUGUCAAAGUAAAAGUAUCAGAGCUUUGCUUUUCCACCGCAGUAGAAAACGCAGCGUAUCUGCGUCUCGGCUUCCUCCCACAGGACAGCAGCAUCACAUGUUUCUCCCAGAGCUACGACAGCGGAGCAAAAAACAGCUUCCAGUGCUGCACAAACAUUCUGCAUCCCGCCUCCUCCCUCUCUACCUCUAGAGCCUUCGUUUAGAAUCUCCUCUGUCUUUCAUGAGCAGGUUUUUUUAGUCAAGUGGUAUAGUUUAUGGAGCAAUAAAAAAUGUAAAUAUGUAUUUUGUCAAAACUUUGCCUCUGCAUGCGCGUGUCCAUCGUACAAUUUGCUGGUUUUGUUCAUGCCACGCUGUUGCCGUUCAUCUUGCUUACAUCCCAAGGAAAUAAAUAAAAUAUCUUUGGCUCCGAGUUCUGCAUGCUGUGGUCGACUGUGGAUGUGCUUCCCUUUUUUUGGAACUUCUUUCCUUGUGACUUGUUUUUAAUCUUGUCUUUCUUUUAUGUCCUCGGUUUCCUCGUGGCCUUUGGGUCUAUUUCUACCACAAAGCCUCGAUGUGAUUUGUUUGAUCGACCUGACGUGGUGGCUGUGUGAUAUCGAAUUAUAGAGCUCAAGUCACUCGACUGCUAUCUGCAAAAACAAGGCCCGGGUCUGUUCCUUAGAGGGACAUCUGUCUGCACAUCAUGUUCUCUUUAUCUACUGCUUCUGUGUCUGAAUUAAUUCAUUUCCUCUACACGGUUCCCCUUCAUCAAUGACCUUUCUAUUUUUUUUUUGCCUCCAUUAAUCCCGUGGGAGCCGCAGUUUCCUCUACUGGACUGGCUUCCUCUGCUGGCUGAAUGUGGUCAAAGCUACCGGCAUUCUAUGAUCUUUUAAAUGAGGUGGUCACAACCUUUUUAUCUUGUGAGCCACAGACAUGUAGAACUUUCUACACCUCUUCACAAAGGACGUGUGAACAUGAGUUGAGAGCAGUUCCAAAGCAGGACGUUUCUUUCCCAGACCCUUGUAUAUUAGGUGUGGGCUGACAAGGUGGAAGU